UACGUAUGAUUUAUUAUGUACACACCCCUGCAGCCGCUGCUGGGGCUGUGCCACCGCCCCGCACAGCGCGGCCGGGACUCGAACUCCGGACUCCGGGGCUGCACAGGGACCACAGCUCCCAGCAGGCAGCUCCCGCGGAACCUGGCGCCGCGAAGAGCCCGCCCUCUCCCAGAACCGCCUUUUCAUUGGUCGAGCAGCUGCCAAUCAGCAGCAGAGCAGCAGUGGAUUGGCCGGCAGGGGAGCGGUGGCUGCGGAUGGGCUUCCUGCGGCCGCCUUUGCGCUGACCUCGGCAUGGCGGUGAUGGGGGUGCAGGUGGUGGUGACCCUGCUGGCAGCCAGCAUCAUGCAGAAGAUGGCCCCGCACUGCUCCUUCGCUCGCUGGCUGCUGUGCAACGGCAGCCUGUACCGCUACAAGCACCCGUCGGACGAGGAGCUCUGCGCCCUGGCGGGCAAGCAGCGCCCCAAGACCAAGCGUGACAGGAGGGUGAAUGGUGUGACGGAUGACAAGCCCCUCUCCGUGCCCCGGGACAUCGACCUCCGCCUGGACACCAGCCCCAUCACCGCCGUGGAUGCUCUGGUGCUGCGUUAUUUCCUGGAGUACCAGUGGUUCGUGGAUUUUGCCGUCUACUCCACCGCCGUGUACAUCUUCACCGAGGGCUACUACUGCCUGGCGGACCCCGAAAAGGAGACGAACAUGGGGGUGCUCUGGUGCCUGCUGACCGUUGUCUUCUCCAUCAAGGUCUUCUUCACGGUGAUGCGCCAUUACUUCCGCUCAGAGGAGGGUGGCGAGCGCUCCGUCUGCCUCACCUUCGCCUUCUUCUUCCUCCUCCUGGCCAUGGUGGCCCUGGUGAUCCGUGAGGACUACCUGGAGUUCGGGCUUGAGCCCGGGCUGGCCAGUGUCACCAGCAACCUGGAGAACAUCCUGAAGCAGCGGGGCUGGGAGUGGACGUUGCCCAUUGCCAAGUUGACCUUCAAGCUGGGGCUGGUGGCCCUGUGCUCCUUCCUGGGCGCCUGCCUGACCUUCCCGGGGCUGCGCCUGGCCCAGACGCACCUCGACGCUCUGCGGAUGGCGGCCGACAAGCCCCUGACCCAGGUCCUGCUCCACCUGAGUUUCCUGGCGCCCGUCCUGGUGCUGGUGAUGUGGAUCAAGCCCAUCUCGCGGGAUUUCCUUCUCCACGCACCCAUGGGCAAGCAGACGGUGCAGCUCAUGUCAGACUCCACCUACAACACCAUGCGGCUCUGGACCAUCGUGGGGCUCUGCCUGCUGCGCCUGGCUGUCACCCGCUGUCACCUCCAGGCGUACCUGGGCCUGGCCGAGCGCUGGGUGGAGCAGAUGCGGAGGGAAGCCGGGCGCAUCACCGGCCUGGAGAUCCAGCGCAAGAUCACCAGGAUUUACUGCUACGUGGCCGUAGUCAGUCUGCAGUACCUGGGACCCGUGGUGCUCACCCUCCACUGCACACUGCUCCUCAAGACGCUGGGGCACCACUCCUGGGGGCUGUACACGGAGCCCCCUCCCCUCCCUCCGGCAGCACCGGCGGCACCUCCGCAGCGCAGCAGCGAGGACGGGGAGGACGUGCAUGCUGCGGUGGAGCAGAUCACGGGCAUCUUGGGCGGCAUCUUCACCCCCCUCUUCUUCCGUGGACUCUUUGCCUUCCUCACCUGGUGGGUGGCCGCCUGCCAGGUCGUCACCAGCCUCUUUGGCCUCUAUUUCCACCAGUACCUGGCUGCCUCCUGACUGGGGGAGCUGGGACGUGCCCUGGGGCGCAGUCGGUGCCCGGCUGUGGGUCCCCUCACUCCCGCCAUGGCUGGUUUCCCGCUUUGCACGUGCCCAUGGGCACACGAAGACACCCACUUGGGGACAUUUCUGCCACGAGCUCUUGGCAUGAUGGGUUUUAUGCAUCCGGGCUGGCAUGGGCAUCCCCUGCUCCUGCCGCCCAUCACCGCCGUGCCUGCUCUUCUUGCCCAGUGUCCCUUCUUCCCUCCCAGCCCUGCGUGGUGACCGAGGAGCCAAAGCUCCGCAAAGAGCCACAGCCAGGUUUGCUGGGUUGUUCCUGCCCUGGGGACACUCCAUGAGGACUCUGUUGUCCUCGAGGGCUCAGUGGGGACUUCACGGCUGGGUUGGAGCAGCAGUUGAUGUGUCAGCACAGACUCUGGGGUGUGCUCUGCCCCGUGUUUGCUCCGCCAGCCAAGGGCGAGUGUAUUUUUGUAGGGUCGCUGCUCUGGCCAGCUGGGUUGGAGCUCCUUGGGGUCAUCCCUCUGCUUCGUGUGAAAUCCUCAGGCCCGGCAGCCUCAGCUGUUGGUUGUUUUAGAAAUAAAUAAGUACCUCAGAGUCUC